AUGUCUACUUUGCAGACCGUUCAUGAUGAAAACAAUCUCAUAGAUUUUGUACAAGGCUUGAACGAUACCUAUACUGUUGAUCGCAGUCAGCUUUUGCUCAUGGAACCAUUACGUACCAUUAACAAAGCUUACUCUUUGCUUCUUCAAGAGGAAUGCCAGCGUUCUAUUAUUGAUGCCCGCUCGAUUGUCCCUGAUUUUGCUGCUAUGGCUGCUACUCAUCUACCAACAGAUACCACUCGUUCCACUCCAUCCUCCAAACCAUUUUACCACUGUAACCAUUGUGGCAAAGAUGGACAUUCGGAGUCUCGUUGUUUUAAGAAGAUGGAGGACAGUGGUUAUACUGGGGUUUGCCCAGCUUGCACCCCUAUGGAACAGAAUCUGAACCUCACUAUCAAUACGGGUGCCCUGUUAUCCGAUCCUUCAUCCUAUCGCCGCUUAGUGGGUCGGUUGAUUUAUCUCACUGUUACCCGCUCUGAUAUUGUCCAGGCAGUGAACCUUAGCCAAUUCAUGCACCAACCCCGCCAACCUCAUCUGGAUGCUACUCACCGGUUACUUCGUUACCUGAAGUCUAUUCCUGGACAGGGUCUUUACUUUUCAGCUGAUUUCGAUCUACAGCCCCAGGCUUACUGUGAUUCAAAUUGGGCCAGUUGUCCGAUGACAUGUUGCUCCACCACCAGUUACUGUGUACUUCUGGGGUCUAACUUAGUCUCUUGGAAGACUAAGAAACAACACACUAUCUCCCGCUCCUCGGUGGAUGCAGAGUACCGUGCCAUGGCCAAUGCCACUUGUGAACUCACAUUCACUUCAUUAUUUUGUGACAUUGGCCUUGUCUGCACUCUCCCUAUCUCCCUUUAUUGUGACAACCAAGCAGCCCACAUCGUCGCCAAUCCUCAUUCAGUGGAAAGGAUUGCAGCUGCGGAUGAGAGCCCACUUGAUCUUGUGAGGUAA